CGACCCUCUGCGAGAAAGGUGUUAUUGUAAGUUUGUAACUAACGAAGGCGGGAAAAGACCCAAAUCCUAACAACAGAUAUCCCGAGUAAUGCAGGAUGAUCAAUCUUCGUUUGAAUGGGAUGAAAAAUCACAACUUUACUUCCAUUCCAGUAGUGGAUUUUAUCACGAUCCGAAUGCGGGAUGGUAUUACAGUAGUAAAGAUGGACUCUAUUACAAAUUCGAAAAUGGAAAUUAUGUAUUGUGGGAAUCUGAACAGGGUGAAGGAAAUGAAUCACAACAAGAUAGACCGAUGGAUUCUGAUGCAUUGAGUAAAGAUGAGACAGGUAGCUAUUUGGAAGAUGCUAAUAAUGCCACCGCUGAAAAUCCAUGUAACUACUUAAAGAAUGCUAACAAUGACGACCCUGAAAAUCUACGUCCGCCUUCGGAAUGGUUAGAGGAGACACUUGUUAAUCUCUACUUGGCUGGUUAUGCCCAAUCAGACACUAAUGCCAUGGACGGUAGGGAAAUAGCUACCGAAACAUAUGCUAGUGAGUCGUCGAUUCAUCAAGGUGAUGCAAUUGAUGAUGCUGAUGAAAUAGAGGAAGGUGAGAUUAUAUCUGACUGUGAGGAUCAUCAAGAUGCUGCUGAGUCAAGUGGAAGAGUCUUUGACGAAGGUGCUGCAUGGGAAGAAGAGAACUGGCGAGCUCAGUAUGGCCAAGUCACACAAUCAGAAGAAGAGGUUAAACCAUCAAUCAGUUCAGUGGAUUUGUGGGACUGGACCAUGGUAACAGAGAUCAUAAAGAAGAAAAAACAUGGUCGGAAAAAGAACUACCGCAUGGCCAGACUGGUCGGGAAGCUGUUGAAACCAUCUACGAAGCUUCAUCCUUCCAUGCCUGUUGGGGGUUCUCUUAUCAAAACUGCUGCAGUUCGUGAAGUUUAUCUUGAUCUUGUACGGGUUUCAUCAGGACAAGUUUAUCAAUUAAGAACUCCUAGCAUGAAAUAUCUGACCUCGUUAUCAACUUUUGAUUCUUCUGACCCAACCAAGGAUUGGGGAUUUCCAAAGUUACAAGCUGAUGGACAAAAUAUUCGCUCUCCUAAUUUGAAAGAAAGCAUUGUGCGUGAAACGGCAAACGAGAUCCCUAUUUCUGAACACUCGUCUGCAUUGCUGGAUCAAGCAAAAGUAUCAGAAAAGCUUGAAGGCCAUUUAUAUCGGGAUAGAGCUGCGGAAAGAAGAGCUUUACACGGUGGUUUCGGAGUGGGUCCUGGUCAAAAGAAUGUAGAGAUUGAAGAUGACGUAGAAAUAUUAUCACGACCUGAUUCAUUUGGCACAGAAGAAGCUGCAGCCGAGGCCUUAAACAUGUCUUUUGGAAGUGGUAGUUAUGCCAGACGUCUUCUAGAAAAGAUGGGCUGGAAGGAGGGUGAGACUCUUGGAAACACUAUGAAGGGUUUGACUGAACCACUGCAAGCUGUUGGGAACAAAGGUUCUGCUGGACUUGGGUGGAUUCGAAUCAGACCAAAUUACAGUCGAAACAACUAGAUCUGGCUGUUACUUACUGUACCCAAUUCGAGAUCUAACCAGCUUAAAGUUCAGUGAGAAAAGCCUGGAAAUUUUCCUUACAUAAACACAGAAAUGACGUUCAUGUUGUAUUUCUAUUUGCCUUCGUACAUUUACAUUAAAAAAAAUGAUGUAAACCUCAAGGAAUCUUUUAGGAAAUCCUAAACACUAGUGAUUUCUCGAUUUUUCAGUUUGAAAAUUGUUAAUGUUUCUCCAAACAGAUGCAGGAAAUAUCAAAUAAUAAGGAACACUAGUAAAUUGUACUCCAAAGUCUAAACGCAUGGAGUAAAUCCUAAGCACUAGUGAUGUAACCAAAGUCUAAACGCAUGGAGU